AGAAGUAAAAUCUGAACAUGAGACUAGAAUUGAGUGUUCAUAUCAUCAUUCAUAAAAAAGAAGAAGAGAGAUUGGGUCCCUAAUUAAUAUAGGGUAGUAUGGCAUUGAUUGUGUCAAGUGUGCAAUUCCAACCUCGAGCAAGAAUUGUAUAUUGUGUAGGAAAAAGGCAAAAUCGGGAGGGCAUUAUUGUUUGGAAAAGGGACUCAAACCCAAACCCAAAAUUAAAAACCCAAUUGUGUUUGUGUAAGCAGCAGCAGCAGCAGCGGCGGCAGAGGCAUCGAUUGAGAUGCGUGUACUCCGUUGAAUACUCAGAAAAUGAAGUUGAUUCGUUGGUGGAAUUUAUUAAAAGUGUAUUUCCUGGUGGAAAUUGGUGGAAGCUUUCAUCAGAAGAAGAUGUAGAUGUUGGGGGAACAGCAAAGCCUGUAACUGUUGUACGUGCUCUUAAAAGAAUGUGGGAAUUGAUAGCUGAAGAUCGUUUCCUCAUUUUUGCUGCUUUUACUGCUCUCAUUGUUACAGCUUUAUCAGAAAUUUCUAUACCGCAUUUUCUCACCGCAUCCAUUUUUACGGCACAAACUAGCACUGCCCCACUGUUUCAUAGAAAUGUGCGAAUCUUGGUUGUGCUAUGUAUCAUUUCCGCAAUAUGCAGUGGUGUGCGAGGUUGCCUUUUUGGCCUCGCAAAUAUGAUCCUGGUCAAGCGAAUGAGGGAAAAAUUAUAUUCCACUCUUCUUCAUCAGGAUAUAUCCUUUUUUGAUUCUGAAACAGUUGGUGAUUUGACAAGUAGGCUUGGGGCAGAUUGUCAACAAGUGUCUCGUGUAAUUGGAAAUGACCUAAAUCUAAUUUUACGCAAUGUUCUCCAGGGAACAGGUGCUUUAGUUUAUUUGUUGAUUUUGUCCUGGCCACUAGGAUUGUGCACAUUCGCUAUCUGCUGUGCACUAUUCACGAUAAUGCUAUUAUAUGGCCAAUACCAGAAGAAAGCAGCUAAGCUAAUUCAGGAGUACACUGCUUGUGCAAAUGAAGUUGCUCAAGAGACAUUCUCUCUCAUGAGGACUGUACGAGUAUAUGGAACUGAGGAACAAGAACUGCAAAGGUAUGCACGGUGGAUGGGAAAAUUAGCUGAUAUAACCUUGCGUCAAAGUGCCGCUUAUGGAUACUGGAACUUUAGUUUCAACUCACUUUAUCACUCAACUCAGGUUAUUGCUGUGCUGGUAGGAGGAAUAUCUAUCCUGGCUGGUCAUAUUACUGCAGAACAACUUACCAAAUUCGUAUUAUACAGUGAAUGGUUGAUUUAUUCUACAUGGUGGGUAGGGGACAAUUUUUCGUCAUUGAUGCAAUCUAUUGGGGCAAGUGAGAAGGUUUUUCAAUUAAUGGAUCUCGGUUCUAGAGAUAAAUUCAUUGACAAAGGAGCCAAGUUGGAAGGAUUAGCAGGACGCAUUGAAUUUGUGAAUAUUAGUUUCUACUAUCCUUCAAGAGUUGAGGUGCCAGUACUUCAACAUAUUAACUUUGUGGUGCAUCCCGGUGAAGUAGUAGCACUCGUUGGCCUAAGUGGUAGUGGAAAAAGCACUCUGGUGAACCUUCUCCUUCGGCUGUAUGAGCCAAUAAGUGGGCAGAUAUCUAUUGAUGGCUACCCGAUUAGAGAUUUGAACAUCAAGUGGUUGAGGGAAAGAAUUGGAUAUGUGGGACAGGAACCUAGACUUUUCCGCAUGGAUAUCAGCUCAAACAUAAGAUAUGGCUGUAGUAGAGAUGUCAAUCAACAAGAUGUGGAAUGGGCUGCCAAGGAGGCCGCUGCCCAUGAUUUUAUUUCAUCUCUACCCAAUGGCUUCCACACAAUUGUUGAUAAUGAUUUGCUCAGUGGAGGCCAGAAGCAGCGAAUUGCAAUUGCUAGAGCCAUUCUUAGGGAUCCAGAUAUUUUAGUACUUGAUGAAGCCACUAGUGCUCUAGAUGCAGAGAGUGAACACAACAUUAAAGCUGUGCUUUGUGCUGUCAGAAGAGAACUGAAAUCAAAGAGAACUGUCAUUGUGAUUGCACACCGGCUUUCGACAAUACAAGCUGCUGACAGAAUAGUUGUGAUGGAAGGCGGAAAAGUUGUUGAGAUGGGUAGCCACAAAGAGCUUCUCCUCAAUGAUGGCUUGUAUGCUCGAUUAACCAGAAGACAGGCUGAUGCUGUGGCAUGAAUUCUUGCAGUUGAGCGACAUAAAGAUUACAUAGAACCUUCUGAAUGAAGAGGACAGACAAUAUGGGAUUAGUUGCAGAUCUUGCAGUUUGGACCAUCUCAAAUUUUCUAAAGGGAUCAGGUUAGCUUCAAAGAUUUUGCUGCAUCACUGCCCAAAGCUAUAACUUGGUGGAGGGGUUUGCGUGAUGUACAAUAUGUUCAAAGGGUUGCAGAGACUUCUACCACAAAGAGCCGAUACUGUUGAUCCAUGUAAAUGUCUCGAAACCAUGUCAUUCUGGUUCAAUGCUGAAAUUGAAAGAAAACCUUGCUCAUAGAGAAACAUUUUGUUUGGAAAAAUCACGCCACCACAUCUAUUUAUUUAAGGGUUAAUAUUAUAACUUUUAGAUCUACUUUUCUUUUAUAGUACUACUUAUGUUAUUUUAAUUACAAGUGUUAACAAAUUAGUUUUAAUUUAUAUAUCAAUUAGGUAAA